AGGGGGCGGUGAUGCUCCACAAAGCUGCUUACCAACCGCCAUCAAAUAACAAGAAGAAGAAGAAGAGCCGCAGCUGCACGCAUUUGGCGUAACGACCAACAACAAACAUGGCGGACGAUCACACAGAUGCAGAUCAGUCCAUGGAGGCUCACACUGCAGUGGCUGAGAACCCGCACGCUGAGUACGGCCUGACAGAGAACAUCCAGAGGAUAGUGGACAGUGAGAAGGGGGCAGACAAGGUGUUGAAGCAGAAGGUGGACCUGCAGGCGCUGCCGACCCGGGCCUACCUGGACCAGACGGUGGUGCCCAUCCUGCUGCAGGGGCUGUCGCUGCUCGCCAAGGAGAGGCCUCCCAACCCCAUCGAGUACCUGGCGGCGUUCCUCCUGAAGAACAAGGCCCAGUUUGAGGAGAGGAACUAGUCCUGGAGGCUCCGCCUGACCUUUGACCUGAUGACCUUCAGGAGCUCGUAGCUUUUCUUUUCCUUUUUUAUUGUUUUCUUUUGUAAACCACAAAAUAAAGAUGUUGCACAGAG